AUGGCAACAGUAGCCCGCGAUACAGUCACUCUUGAGACGUCAGCCUCAACAGCAGAGUCGAAUCACUUCCAGCUCAACGCUGAUGAGAAUUUCCAUUUUGAGAUUCUUAGAGUCUUGAGCUGCGCGACAUCAAACGGCGCUGACAUUGCCGAAGUCCUCGCAAGAUGUCCCAAGAUCAGGCCAGGUGACUUUGAGUCUUGGGCUUCCGCAUGGACAGAGCUGGCAGAAAGAGUUGAGAAGCAAGCACGCGAAUCAGACCCUUCCACCAGCAGCGGCAAAGCCUCCGCAAGAAAUGCAUAUCUCAGAGCCGCGACAUAUUAUCGAACUGCCGAUUUCUUUCUGCAUGGAAACCCUACAGACUCUCGCAUCAUGAGCCUCUGGGCAAAGCAUCUAGAGAUGUUCGAGGCUGGGAUUGCCCUCAUGCCUUAUGAGACCCAACGAUUGAGGAUUCCGACGCCUCAUGGUUUUCAUGUCCCAGCCACAUUCUACAAGGCAUCUGAUGGCAAAAAGGGCCCGAGGCCUACACUCAUUAUCGGAAACGGCUUUGACGGCAGCCAAGAAGAGAUGCUGCAUGUAAUUGGAUGGCCAGCACUAGAGAGAGGAUUCAAUGUUUUUUCCUACGAAGGGCCGGGCCAGCCAACUGUGAGACGAUAUCAAAGCCUUGGAUUUAUCCCAGAAUGGGAGAAGGUGGUCACUCCUGUAGUCGACUAUCUGUAUGCACACCAGAAAGACCUGAAUGUGGACGUCGACAAGCUUGGACUUUGGGGUCACAGCAUGGGAGGCAUGCUGGGCUUGCGAGCCGUUGCAUUCGAGCACCGCAUCAAGGCGUUUAUUGCAUGCGACGGAGUGUGGAAUGUGGAUAGCAUCAUCCCCAGACCAUUAUUGGCGCGCCUCGAUGAAGGACACGCCGAUCAACUUCUGAAGGAUAUCAAAGGCGGCAACGCGGAAACGGGCCUUCGCUGGGUAAUGACCCAUGGGUCCUGGGUCAUGUUUGACGAGAAGCAGCUCCCACGGGGCCUGCAGAGCCCAGACGACAUCAAGGCGCUCGUCGACAAGUUUCGAAAGUUUAACCUAGACGGUGUUGUCAAUCAGGUGACUUGCAAGGUCUUUGUUGGAGACGCAGACGAUGACAUCUUCUUCAUGGGACAGCCCAAGAAGUUGGCCGAUGCACUGGGUGACAAGGCGACAUACCAUGUCUUUUCAAAGGCAGAUGAUUCUGAUGCUCAUUGCCAGGUCGGAGCUGUCGCAGUCCUGGCUCAGAAGACCAUGGAUUGGUUUGAGAAAGUAGUCAAUUAG